AUGGCUUCAGAAGAAUAUACUAUUGAUAUUGUACCAUUAUCGCCUGAACAUCGUCAAUCAGUUAUUAAUCUUCUAAUGAGUUCAUUUUUUAUACAAGAACCACUCAAUGAUAUGCUCAAAUUUGAAAUUCCUCAUGAACCAUUAUCAUGGACUGAUAGUAUGGUUGAUAUUGCACUUGCUGAUCAAUGUUCAUUUGUUGCCGUAGAUGCAGCAAAUCCUCAUAAAGAAAUUGUUGGUGUUAUACUUAAUGGUAUUUCAAAUAGUGCAAAACAAGAAGAAAUACCUGUUUUAGAGUCUGAAAAAUUAAAAUUUAUUUUUUCAUUAAUGGAUCAAGUAAUGGAAGGUUAUGAUCUAUUUAAAUUAUAUAAAACUGAUCGUAUUUUUCAUUGUGAUGUUAUUAAUGUUGAUGAAAAACAACGUGGUCAAAAUUUAAGUACUCGUUUAAUAUCUAAAUCACUUGAUAAAGCUCGACAAUUAGGUGUUAAAGCUGCAUAUGUUGUUUGUACAAGUGUAUUUUCACGAAAAGCUUUUAUGCGUCAUGGUUUUCAAAUUAUUAAUGAGCUUUUAUAUUCUAAACAUGGAGAUACACGUUUAUUAAAUAUGGGUAUACAUGAUCGAUGUACUCUAUUAGGAAGACAGUUGUGA